AAAUAACUUUUGUCAUUUCGCACGGCCUUGACUUCUGUUUCAUAGCACCUCCAUAAAUUCAGAUAUCAUGUUCAACUUCGAGAGCUAUUUCUCGGUGCAAAUCUUCUUUAUCAUCCUCCGCGAGACGUUAGAGUCUGCGAUCAUUGUGUCUGUGCUUCUCGCGUUUCUCAAACAGAACUUUACCUCAACCAACCCGACCACACAGCAGGAGAUCCUUCUCAUUGAUUCCAAGGAGUAUCGCAGCCUCAAACUCCAGAUCUGGUUCGGCGGGUUGCUUGGGCUUUUCAUCUGCCUCCUCAUUGGAGGGACCUUUGUCGGUGUCUUCUACAUCUUGGGGAACGACUUGUGGUCGCUUGCGGAACGCUUAUGGGAGGGUAUCUUCUCCAUUCUCUCCUCAAUAAUUAUCAGUUUCAUGGGUAUUGCGUUAUUGCGAAUCAACCAGAUGCAGUACAAGUGGCACUUCAAGUUGACCCAGAGCUUGGAAAUGCAGAGAGAGCACGGCCAAAAGAAGGCCAGGGCCCACGAUAUAAAUACUGGAGUGAUUGGUAGCGCCAUGCGCAGAUUUAAAACCUUGUCUACCAAGUACUUUUUGGCGAUUUUGCCACUAGUCACUACGUUAAGAGAAGGCCUAGAGGCGGUUGUGUUUAUCGCCGGCAUCGGUGUCAACCAGCCAAUGUCGUCCUUCCCCUUGGCGAUUCUUUGCGGUGCUGGACUUGGCUUCACCGUUGGCUGGCUUCUCUAUAAAGGGGGAAACCGUCUCUCCUUGCAAUACUUCUUGAUCUUCAGCACGUGUUUCCUCUAUUUGGUCUCGGCAGGGCUCAUGUCGCGUGGGGUUUGGUUCUUUGAGUUGGAGAAAUACGUGCGCGACUGCCAUGGUCAGGACAUGAGUGAGGUCGGUUCUGGUCCUGGUUCCUACGACAUUGCUAAAUCUGUGUGGCAUGUCAACUGUUGUAACGGGUUGAAAGACGGCGGCUGGAUGUUGUUCAACGCGUUGUUGGGCUGGACGAACAGCGCGACGUAUGGAAGUGUCAUCAGCUAUAACCUUUAUUGGGUGGGGGUCAUUGUGUUGUUGCGGUUGAAGUUGUAUGAGGAGCGGAACGGGUAUAUGCCGGGGGUUCCGAUUAAGUGGCAGUUGAAGAAGAUUCGGAAGCGGUUAGCGAUUUUGCAGGCAACUACGGGUGAAGUGACCCCAGCGAACAGUGUGAAUGACAUGACUCCGGUAAACAGUGCGGGUGAGACGGUGCCUCAGUCCAGUGAAACCGAAGGUUUGUUGACCCAUUAGCUACCUUUUUGAAUUGUUGAGAGAUUUAUAUAGAAUAUAUAUUGGCCUAUUUAAAGAGUGUAAGGCUAU